AACACUCGUGUACGUCUGACGAAAAUUUAUUGAAAACAAAUUAUACAUAAUCAAAAGCGAUUAAAAAAAAUAAAAAUAAAAACUAUGAGCGUAGACUGCGUAUACACUAGUGCGGUAGCUUUGCUGCUGUGCUGUUCGGCCAUCCUGGGUCGGCCAUCGUCCAAUGGUGGCGCGGACGGUGGUGGCGGCGCCGGCGGCGGUGGAGGAGGCGGUGGAGGCGGCGGUGGCGGUGGCAGCGGUGGCGGCAGUAGUGGCGGCUCGGCAGCGGAUGACACGGAGGAGAACCCGGUGGUGGUGACCAGCACGGGAAUGGUGCAAGGGUACACGAAGAUCAUUGCCAACCGCGAGGUGCGCGUGUACACGGGCAUACCUUUCGCCAAGCCGCCCGUGGGCCCGUUGCGGUUCCGACGACCCGUUCCCAUGGACCCGUGGACCGGCGUGUUGAACGCCACCAAGCUGCCGAACACGUGCUACCAGGAACGGUACGAGUAUUUCCCCGGUUUCGAGGGCGAGGAGAUGUGGAAUCCCAACACCAAGCUCUCCGAAGACUGCCUUUACCUCAACAUUUGGAUACCACGGAAACAGCGUACCCGACACCAUUCCAACGCCGCGCAUCAUGCCAAGAUACCGGUACUAGUGUGGAUCUAUGGCGGAGGGUACAUGUCCGGCACGUCGACUCUGGACAUCUACGACGGCGAUCUUCUGGCGGCCACGUUCGACGUGAUGAUCGCGUCCAUGCAGUACAGGCUGGGCGCGUUCGGUUCGCUGUACUUGGCGCCCGAGCUGCCGAAUGACAGCGACGACGCGCCCGGCAACAUGGGCUUGUGGGACCAGGCGUUGGCAAUCAAGUGGAUCAAAGAGAACGCGGCGGCUUUCGGCGCCGACCCGGACACGAUCACGUUGUUCGGUGAAUCGGCUGGCGGUGGAUCGGUGAGCGUGCAUCUGAUUUCGCCGAUGACCAGAGGUUUGGUAAGACGCGGUAUCAUCCAGUCCGGCACAGUGAACGCGCCUUGGAGCUACAUGACCGGCGAACGAGCAAUCGAUAUAGCUAAAAAGCUGUUGGACGACUGCAAGUGCAACUCGUCCGCACUAGCCAGCAACCCCAUCGGCACCAUGUCGUGCCUGAGGUCCGUCGACGCGAGUGUCAUAUCGAAGAAGCAGUGGAACAGCUACACCGGCAUCCUGGGAUUCCCGUCCGCGCCCACUGUAGACGGGUCCUUCCUACCUGAACACCCGCUCGACAUGUUGGCAAAAGCCAACUUUUCCGACAUCGACAUACUCAUCGGCAGCAACUUGAACGAAGGAACGUACUUUUUACUAUACGAUUUCGUCGAUUUUUUUGACCGAACUUCGGCUACAGCAUUGACAAGGGAAAAAUUCGUACAGAUAGUAAACGUAAUAUUCAAAGAUAGAACACAACUGGAAAGAGACGCAAUCAUAUAUCAGUACUCGGGAUGGGAGAAAAAAGAAGUGGACGAUAUAUAUUCAAACCAGAAACAAUUGAGUGACAUAGUGGCAGACUACUUUUUUGUAUGCCCGACCAACUUGUUUGCCAACAUUGUAUCAAGUCGUGGAGCUCGCGUGUACUAUUAUUUUUUCACCCACAGAACGGAUUCACAUUUAUGGGGUGAUUGGAUGGGCGUGUUGCACGGCGACGAGAUGCAAUACGUGUUCGGCCAUCCUUUGAACAUGUCAAUGCCGUACAAUGCUAGAGAAAGGGAUUUGAGCAUAAGAAUUAUGGAAGCAUUCACCAGAUUCUCGUUGACUGGAACCCCUGUCUCGGAUGACAUUGAAUGGCCAUUAUAUAAUGAAACAAGACCAAUAUAUCACGUAUGGAAUGCAGCGGAAUUGGAUGUGGGUUAUGGGCCUAGGGCGACUGAAUGUCAAUUUUGGAACGGAUUUUUCCCAAAAAUAGCACGAGCACUGGAAGAAAGCAGUAAGACUACAUGUGAAGAUUAUUCUGAUUUUAUACCUGCAACCAACGAGAACUGUACGCUCCCAACAUCGUCCACUGCUACCAAACAACAAGUUUUCUUCGUUAUAUUUAUCAUAAUUCUACCGGCACAUGGAUUAUUCUAAAUUAAAAAAUUAAUAACUAAAACAUGAUAAAAGGAAAAAAAUGAGAAAUCUAAAACAUUCAACAGCCAAUAAAUGGUGCCAUGGCUCAGAAUGCCAACACUAUACGACAUAUAGGCUGCGAAAUCAAUAUAUACAUAUCAAAAUCACAUAUCAUUUUAAAAUUUAGAUAAAACCUAAAUGGAAUCUAAAACGUGAUAUAAGUGUUAGAAUUAUCAUGAUUUUCAAGUA